CACGAUACAACUCGAAAUAAGACAGUCCAUUUUCUCAAGUGUACGCGAAAGCGCGUAAUUCGGCUGCUCUUGAUUCUUCUCUUCGAUCGACAACUGCUGCGUCGUCUCAUCGAGUUUUUUCAUCCAGGCUCGACAAUGCUGCAGCCGGAAGCUGUGAACGCUCUGUUGCUUCGUCAUUUAUCCGAGCACGGACUCCUCCCAAAAAAUCCAGAAGACAUGAGCUGGAUUAUUGGAAACUCAAAAUUGGGCGGACGUGGAAUGUUCGCCACUCGUGAUAUUGAGCAAGGCGAGCUCAUCUACGUGGACGCUCCCCUCGUAGUGGGCCCACGAUGUUACGACAAGUAUCUUCCGAUGUGCAUCACCUGUUACAAGUCCGAUUGUCCUCUCUUUCCUUGCGAGCGAGGCUGCGGACUCCCAGUGUGCUCCAACGAGUGUGAAGAUAAUUGGAAACACGCGGAAAUCGAGUGCGAAUAUCUUCGCAGUUGGAAGCCGAAGUGUGGCUCGAUGUGGUCGAUGGAACUGUUGCAAGCUGUUGUACCCAUCAGAGCUUUGGCCUUGGGCACCGAGCAACGAAACCUCGUCAAUGCCUUGGAGUGCCAUCCCCGCAAAUCCCGCGAGCUGGAGCUGCUGAAAAGAAAUAUCGAAUAUGAGAUAAACGGAGAGGAUGAAAAACUGAUGUUACGAGUUUGUCAAGUGUUGGAUACCGGUGCAUUUGAGACGGCUGCGCUCGUCGAGGAAAAAAUGUCGAUAAGUUUGCGAGGUCUUUAUCCACUGGGAGCGCUGCAAAACCACUGUUGCACUCCAAACACGAGACAUCAUUUUGAUCGACGACAAUAUUUGUACACGAGAGCUGCUUUUCCGAUAAAAAAAGGCGAGGAACUGACGAUGACUUACACCGAUCUUAUCUGGGACACAGGCAUGAGAAAACAGUAUUUAAAAAUGUCGAAACAUUUCGAUUGUUACUGCGAAAGAUGCUCAGAUCGUACGGAAUUCGGUACUCAUUUGAGCGCUCUGAGGUGCGCGAAUAUCAAAUGUUUCGGUAACAUGUUUGCGAACGAGCCUUUAAAGCCGGAAAGUUCGUGGACGUGCGAGGACUGCGAGCAAAAAGUUUCCGGUAGGCAGGUGAAAGCAAUACGUUCCGGACUCGCGUCAAUAGUAAAAGAAACGUUGUACAAAGCACCCAGAGAAAUAUUGGAAUUCGUCGAAGGUGAAUUGGCAAUAUUGGUGCCGGCUACCAGCUCGAUGAUGAUGGACAUGAAAUUCCGGAUUGUUUCGUACUUCGGUAGAGCUGACGGGCUUUCUUGGCGCGAUUUAUCAGACGCAGAGCUUCGUACCAAAACAAAAUAUUGCGAAGAGCUGGUACACCUUUUGGAUAAUCUCGGUUGCGGAGAUUGUCAGAAAAAGGGUCUCAUUUUAUACGAAUGGUACUGUACAAACGUGGAAAUUGAGAGGCGGAACUGUCGCGACAAAGACCCUGACUCGACGUUGGAGCAGCCAGACUCUCGGGAUUAUGGGAGCAAUUCAUUUAUUUUGCAAAAGGCUGUUGAUAUAUUACGAGACGACAUUGCUGCACCCGACGAUCUCUCUCUCAUUAAAACAGCGGAUUGAACAGUUUCUCGACAUUCCGAAGCAACGAAUCAUCAAGCAGAGGAGCCUCGAGGGGGAAGAAAAUUAAGAAUCUUCCACUAGCCAGGACUGAUUGCAAGAGUAUCGAUCAAACAUUUGUUCCUCGUACGCUCCAAUUAUUAUUGUCCCUUAAUCGCAAAUAGUCAGCAACCUUUUCCAUAAAUAAUUCUAUUGGCGAUAAAAAUUUGUUCCGAUUAGCAAAAGUAAUGUUAUUUACUCAGCGGUUUUUACUUAACUAGGAAAGUAUGCCUAUUGGUAUUGGUGGGAUAUACCAUGAUUUUCUAUUUAUUUAUAAUUAUUUUCGAAAUAAAUCAACUAACUAUACUCAUUCACAAUACCCUAUAAAAUUUGUAAACUACAACGAAUAACUCGUUAUUAAUAAUCGAUCGAAGAAACAGUGUCCUAGACAACACAGUACCCAUGAAACUUUUACACACCAAAAAAAGAAUAAAAUAACGUGUAUGUAUAUACGAA